CAACAAAAUGGUUCAACAAGUUCCAGAAAACAUUGAUUUUCCUGCUGAAGAAGAGAAAAUCUUGCAGUUCUGGUCCAAGUUUAAUUGUUUUCAAGAAUGCUUAAAGCAGUCAAAACACAGGCCCAAAUUUACUUUCUAUGAUGGGCCUCCUUUUGCAACUGGGCUGCCUCACUAUGGACAUAUACUUGCUGGGACAAUUAAAGAUAUAGUUACAAGAUAUGCUCACCAAAAUGGGUUUCAUGUUGACAGAAGAUUUGGAUGGGAUUGUCAUGGCUUACCUGUGGAAUAUGAAAUUGAUAAGAUACUGGGAAUCAGAGGACCAGAAGAUGUAGCCAAAAUGGGGAUUGUGGAAUAUAACAAUCAGUGCCGAGCAAUUGUGAUGAGAUAUUCUGCUGAGUGGAAGUCCACUGUUACCAGACUUGGCCGAUGGAUUGACUUUGACAAUGACUACAAAACUCUCUAUCCAGAAUUCAUGGAAUCUGUCUGGUGGGUCUUCAAACAACUUUAUGAUAAAGGUCUUGUUUAUAGAGGUAUGAAAGUCAUGCCCUUUUCCACUUCAUGCAAUACUCCACUUUCCAACUUCGAAUCGCAUCAGAAUUAUAAGGAUGUUCAAGACCCUUCAGUAUUCGUUACCUUUCCUUUGGAGGAAGAUGGAAAUGUAUCUUUGGUUGCCUGGACAACGACGCCCUGGACUCUCCCUAGUAACCUUGCUCUCUGUGUUAAUCCAGAUAUGCAGUAUGUAAAGAUUAAAGAUGUUGUCAGAGGAAAAGCACUCAUUUUAAUGGAAGCCAGAUUACCAGCCCUCUAUAAAUUGGAGAGCGACUAUGAGAUCCUUGAAAGAUUUCCGGGUGCCUAUCUCAAAGGCAAGAAAUACAGGCCCCUGUUUGACUAUUUUGUGAAGUAUAAAGAGAAUGGUGCCUUUACGGUGCUUGUUGACAACUAUGUGAGGGAGGAAGAAGGCACUGGGGUUGUACAUCAAGCUCCUUACUUUGGUGCUGAUGAUUAUCGGGUCUGUAUGGACUUCAACAUCAUUCAGAAAGAUUCUGUCCCUGUGUGCCCUGUGGAUGCUUCAGGCUGUUUCACAGCAGAAGUGACAGAUUUCAUGGGACAGUAUGUGAAGGAUGCUGACAAAAAUAUCAUCAGGACUCUGAAGGAACAAGGCCGACUUCUUGUUGCCAGCACCUUCACUCAUAGCUAUCCUUUCUGCUGGAGGUCGGACACACCCCUCAUUUACAAAGCGGUGCCUAGCUGGUUUGUGCGGGUCGAGCACAUGGUAGACCAGCUGCUGAGGAACAAUGACCUGUGUUACUGGGUCCCAGAGUUUGUACGAGAAAAGCGGUUUGGAAAUUGGCUGAAAGAUGCACGUGACUGGGCAGUUUCCAGAAACAGAUACUGGGGCACCCCCAUUCCACUGUGGGUCAGCGAGGACUUUGAGGAGAUAGUAUGCAUUGGGUCAAUGGCAGAACUUGAAGAACUGUCAGGAGCAAAGAUCUCAGAUCUCCACAGAGAGAGCAUUGACAGUCUUACCAUUCCUUCGCGCUGUGGGAAGGGGCUGCUGCGCCGCAUCCCUGAAGUGUUUGACUGCUGGUUUGAGAGUGGCAGCAUGCCCUACGCCCAGGUUCAUUACCCGUUUGAAAAUAAGAAGGGGUUUGAAGAUGCAUUUCCCGCAGACUUCAUUGCCGAAGGCAUUGACCAAACCAGAGGAUGGUUUUACACUCUGCUGGUGCUGGCCACAGCUCUCUUUGGACAACCACCUUUCAGGAAUGUGAUUGUGAACGGGCUCGUCCUUGCAAGUGAUGGCCAGAAAAUGAGCAAACGAAAAAAGAAUUAUCCAGAUCCACUUUCAGUCAUCCAUAAAUAUGGUGCUGACGCCCUUAGGUUAUAUCUGAUCAACUCCCCUGUGGUGAGAGCAGAAAACCUCCGCUUUAAGGAGGAAGGGGUGCGGGACGUCCUGAAGGAUGUGCUACUCCCCUGGUACAAUGCCUAUCGCUUCUUCAUCCAGAACGUCCUAAGGCUGCAGAAGGAGGAAGAAAUGGAAUUCGUCUACAAUGAGAACACUGUUAAAGAAAGUGCCAACAUCACAGACCGGUGGGUCCUGUCCUUCAUGCAGUCGCUCAUUGCGUUCUUUGAGACCGAGAUGGCAGCUUAUAGGCUCUAUACUGUGGUGCCUCGCCUGGUUAAGUUUGUCGAUGUUCUGACGAAUUGGUACGUCAGAAUGAACCGCCGAAGAUUAAAGGGCGAGAACGGAGUGGAGGAUUGUGUUUCGGCCCUGGAGACCUUGUUUAGUGUUCUGCUCUCUCUGUGCAAACUUAUGGCCCCGUAUACACCUUUUCUUACUGAAUUGAUGUAUCAGAACCUGAAGAUGCUCAUUGACCCUGUUUCUGUCCAGGACAAGGACACACUCAGCAUCCACUACCUCAUGCUGCCCCAUGUUCGAGAGGAAUUGAUUGACAAGAAAAUCGAGAGUGCAGUAUCUAGAAUGCAGUCUGUGAUUGAACUUGGGCGAGUGAUUCGAGACCGCAAAACUAUUCCAUUAAAGUAUCCUUUGAAAGAAAUUGUGGUUAUCCAUCAAGAUCCAGAGGCUCUCAAUGAUAUCAGGUCUUUGGAGAAGUAUAUCAUUGAGGAAUUAAAUGUUCAAAAAGUUACACUGUCUACAGAUAAAAACAAGUAUGGUAUUCGCCUACGGGCAGAACCAGAUCACAUGAUCCUGGGGAAGCGGCUGAAGGGCGCCUUCAGAGCAGUGAUGGCAUCCAUCAAGCAGCUGAGCAGUGAGGAGCUGGAGCAGUUCCAGAAGAAUGGGACCAUUGUUGUGGGAGGCCAUGAAUUACAUGAAGACGACAUUCGCCUCAUGUACACCUUUGAUCAGGCCACGUUUGGGUCGGUGCAGUUUGAAGCACACUCAGAUGCUCAGGCUUUGGUUCUCUUAGAUGUCACCCCUGACCAGUCAAUGGUGGAUCAAGGAGUGGCUCGGGAAAUCAUCAAUCGCAUCCAAAAACUUCGCAAAAAGUGCAAUCUGUUUCCGACUGAUGAAAUAACAGUUUAUUACACAGCAAAGUCUGAAGGAAAUUAUCUGAGCACUAUUAUUGAAAGCCACAUGGAGUUCAUAUUUGCCACCAUAAAGGCUCCCUUGAAACAAUAUCCAGUCCCUUCAUCAAAUAAAGUCCUUAUUCAAGAAAAAAUGAAGUUAAAGGGGUCUGACCUGGAAAUUACACUCACCAGAGGAUCAUCCAAGCCUGGCCCUGCUUGUGCGUAUGUCAAUCUUAACAUUUGUGCAAAUGGCAGUGAGCAAGGUGGAGUACUGCUUCUGGAAAAUCCAAAAGGCGAUAACAGGUUAGACCUUCCAAAGCUGAAGACUGUUGUCACCAGCAUUUUUGGUGUGAAAAGUACAGAGCUUGCUGUCUUCUGUGGUGAAGCAGAAAUACAAAACCAAACGGACUUACUAAGCCUUAGUGGAAAAACACUGAGUGUGACUGCAGGAUCAGCUCCCUCUCUGAUAGACAGUCCCAGUACUCUUCUCUGUCAGUAUAUCAACCUACAACUCCUGGACGCAAACCCACAAGAGUGUUUAAGGGGAACAGUGGGCACUCUCCUGCUUGAAAACCCGUUCGGGCAGAAUGGACUCACCUAUGAAGGUCUUCUGUAUGAAGCAGCCAAGGUGUUUGGCCUUCGCAGUAGGAAGCUAAAGCUGUUUCUGAAUGAGACUCAAGUGGAUGAAAUUACGGAAGAAAUCCCCAUGAAGACUUUGAACACGAAGACUGUAUAUGUUUCAGUAUUUCCAACAACAGCUGACUGCUAACUUUUUCUUAUCAACAUGGUUCAGUCAACCUUUCCCUGGCAUGUAUCUGUCCCUACACACAUGUAUGUAUGUACAUAUACAUAAAUUGAAGGUAUUCCUUUCAAGUGCAUGUAUAAUAUGCUACUUUUGGUCUAAAUGUGACGUAGGAUUGAUUCAUCAAGUAGCUUGAGACCUCACAGCAAUAUUCACAUUAAACCAUAAAGACCUGUGCAGCCAUGUUGGGAGAAGGUUACAUUGUUACCUCAGCAUUACAGAGUUUAUUUCUGUACUUGAAUUCUUAAGUAUAGAUUGUAGAAGUUUAUUAAAGUGGUAUAAUUUUGUCAUUUUAUCAUCUUUUAAAACUUACUUGAAACCUUGAAGGAAUGGGUAACUUGGACUUCCCUGGGUAAUUUGAUAGAAUAUUUUGUUCCAUUAAAGCAAAAAAAAAAAUAAACCGACUUUCUCUCAGA